AUGGCGGCGCAAUUUAACGCGGUGGUUUCAGCCCAGUGGCUGGCGGACGCAAUAAAAAGCGGCCUCGUAGGUUCCAAGAUACGAGUCCUGGACGCGUCAUGGUAUCUUCCGAUAACAAAACGGGAUGCGAGAGCGGAGUUUGCGGAGAAGCACAUCCCGGGCUCUUCGUUCUUCGACCUCAUUAAGAGCAGUGACGAGAGCUCUCCUUACUGCUUCACGCUUCCUAAAAGCGACCACUUUUCACGUUUUGUGGGCGAGCUGGGCAUCGGUAACGAUACGCAUGUGGUGGUAUACGACGCGCACGAUUUUGGCUCCUAUACAGCGCCCCGAGUCUGGUGGAUGUUCCGACAGUUCGGGCACAGUUCGGUGUCUGUGCUGGACGGGGGCAUGAAGAAUUGGUUGGAAGAAGGCCACCCGGUGACGCCAGAGCAAGUGAAACCGGAGCGGAGACACUUCCAGGCGACCCCUAACCCUGGGUGGGUGACGACUUAUGAAGAGGUGCUGGACAACAUCGGCACCAAGAAGUUCCAGGUGGUGGACACCAGACCUGCUGGCCGGUACAGGGGAAUCGAACCGGAGCCCAUUGAGGGAACACUACCAGGUCACUUCCCCGGUGCAGUCAACUUGCCAUUUACUUCCUUCCUGCAAACCUCUGGAAAGUUUCUGGUCAAAGAGGACCUGUUCAGCCAGUUCAAGGAAGCUGGGUUCAACUUGGAUCAGCCACUGAUGGCCACCUGCUCUUGUGGCGUUACGGCGUGCUUUGCUAUUCUGGUUGCCCACCUUCUCGGGCAUCCGGGCGUGCGUCUUUAUGAUGGCUCCUGGUCUGAGUGGUUUAAUAAAGCAUCGCCUGAGAACAUAAUCUCAGAGGGAGAGGGAAAGAAGAUGUAA